AUGGGAUUGGGUUGCAUGGCUCCUUCUCCUACCAUCGCCUCCCAAGCUCACCGUUACAGUCACCGUUACGGUUACAGCUUCCGUUUCCCCACGCGCACACUAUUCAAUCACACACCACGCGUCCAUCAAAUCUCCACAACUCCUCCUCCUCCUCCGCCGGAAAAGAAAUCCUUCUCCGUCGCCACCGGGGAGCUCUUCUUAGGCAUUGCUUCGCGUCUCAUUAAGAGCAGCGGCCCCGUUGCAAUGUUUGAGAAUUCCAAUGAGAAAGAGAGAAUUGGAGCUGUUAUGGAAGAUGAGAUUCAACCUGAUGUGAUUUGGGAGCAGAGAGUGAAAGAUGUUGAAGCGGAACGCAAUAGGCGUGUUGUAACUACCCCUGGCUUUAGCUUCUCCGCCGCUGGUCUUCUCUUUCCUUAUCAUCUCGGUGUCGCUCAUUUUCUUAUUCAGAAUGGUUACAUUAAGGAAACCACACCGUUAGCUGGUUCUUCUGCUGGAGCUAUAGUAUGUGCUGUGAUUGCUUCUGGAGCUAGUAUGGAAGAAGCCUUGAGUGCUACUAAAGUAUUGGCUGAAGAUUGUCGAAGUCGGGGGACUGCAUUUCGGCUGGGGGCUGUUCUGCGUGAUAUUCUUCAGGAGUUUUUGCCUGAUGAUAUUCAUACAAGGUCUAAUGGGAGAAUUCGAGUUGCUGUGACGCAGCUUCUUUGGAGACCAAGGGGUUUAUUGGUGGAUCAGUUUGAUUCUAAGGAAGAUCUCAUCAAUGCAGUUUUUACUUCUUCCUUUAUUCCAGGAUAUCUUGCACCAAAGCCAGCAACAAUGUUUCGGAAUCGAUUAUGCAUAGAUGGGGGUCUGACGUUGUUUAUGCCACCAACAUCUGCAGUACAAACGGUUCGUGUUUGUGCUUUUCCAGCAGGUCUAAUUGGAUUGGAAGGGAUAGGAAUUAGUCCAGACUGUAAUCCCGAGAACGCGUCUACCCCUCGUCAGCUUUUCAAUUGGGCACUUGAGCCAGCAGAAGACGUAAUGCUUGACCGACUCUUUGAGCUCGGAUAUCUUGAUGCUGCUGUCUGGGCAAAGGAAAACCCAGUCGAAGAAAUUGUUCAAGAUGAUACUCCUGGUCCUGCAUUUGGAAAUAGCAUUGCACAAUAG